UGCCCACUCACGUUCCGCGACGCGCGCGCCCGGCGUCCAUAUCUCGCCCGCCGCAGCGGUUUGCCGGCCUUCCGCACCUUCGUCCGCUGUUGCUGGGGCGCGACUGCGCAACGGCGCUUCCGCAGGCCGUCUUCCGGCCGCCGGGCGUCCCCUUGACGAGCGCCAUGGUCGUGGCCGGCUGUCCGGGGGCGUCCUGGCGAGGCCCGGUCCUCAGCCUCCUCCUGUUGGUGCUGGCGGCAGGCCCUGCCGCGGGCUGGAACGACCCGGACAGAAUAUUACUGCGGGAUGUUAAAGCUCUUACUCUUUACUAUGAUCGCUAUACCACCUCCCGUCGCCUGGAUCCGAUCCCACAGUUGAAAUGUGUGGGAGGCACUGCUGGAUGUGAUUCUUACACCCCAAAAGUCAUACAGUGUCAGAACAAAGGCUGGGAUGGUUAUGAUGUACAGUGGGAAUGUAAGACUGAUCUCGACAUUGCUUACAAAUUUGGAAAAACCGUGGUGAGCUGUGAGGGCUACGAGUCCUCUGAAGACCAGUAUGUCCUAAGAGGUUCCUGUGGCCUGGAGUACCAGCUGGAUUACACAGAACAUGGCCUGAAGAAAAUGAGAGAGUCUGGGAAAGGCUACGGCUUUAAGUCUUUCUCCAAUUAUUAUAAUAAGUUACCCUCCAGUGGCGUCAGUGGGCUGAUUACUGUGGUGGUGUUGCUCGCUAUUGCCUACGGUGUUUAUAGGUUGUUUCUAAGUGAUAGUCAAGAUCCUCCUCCGCCGUACUCUGAGCAUCCUCCGUAUUCCCACCGUUACCAGAGAUUCACCAGCUCAGCCGGCCCUGCUCCUGCAGGCUUUAAGUCUGAGUUCACAGGACCUCAGGCUCCACCUUAUGGUUUUGGCAGUGCUUUCACAGGCCAGCAGGGAUACAACAACUCAGGACCAGGAUUCUGGACUGGCUUGGGAACUGGAGGAAUAUUAGGAUAUUUGUUUGGAAGCAACAGAGCCGCAACACCCUUUUCAGACUCCUGGUACUAUCCGUCCAAUCCUCCCUCGGGCGCGUGGAAUAGCUGGGCAUACUCUCCACCCGGAGCAGGCUCAGGUGGCUCAUAUUCACAUGCAGAGACCAGAACCAGAACAGCAUCGGGGUAUGGUGGUACCAGAAGAAGAUAAAGGUCAAAGAUGGAAGUCAAAUACUGGAUGCAGACUUUCUGAUUUUUCAUCACUGUCUCUUAAAAGCAAAAGUGCCACGUGCUUAUAAUUGGAGAAAAGGGAUAUUCAAGAGUGCUUUGGUGUUUUGUCCUGUGUAGUUUUCUGUAUUCUGCUAUUUGAUUUGAAGCUAAGAGCUAAUAUAUGACAAAAUACUUAUGUAACAAAUUGUAUGUUAAUGUAAAGAUGCAGCUAUACACAAAAGAUUUUGAAAGGAAUGGAAUGGAAUGCUGGAAAUGUGUUGCUUAGUUUCUCAAAGCUGCAAUGCCCUAAGAAACAUUAAGAAUGUAGUCAUUAUACCAGUAGACCCAAGUACAGAAAUUUCAGUGGUAGGUGGCUUUAGUGGAUGAGUCAUAAUAUCACCGAAGCAGUCAUCUCUGUGGUCGCUACAAUUUGGUGUUUGCUGUUUUUGUCAACCCUUUAAAAUAGGCGUGGACUACGAAUCUUACUAACAUGUGCGUCUGGGAUGCUUCUCAGCACAGGAGCCUGGGGUCCCUCAGUGGUGGGAUCCCGGGAAGAACUACUUCAUGCUAGGAAAAGGCAGGAAAUGGGAAUCUAGAAUGUAGUUGUAGAUGAUUGUGUACUGACAAAAAUGCUUGAAUGACCUUAUUUCAUUUUUUUAGAUGUUUCGACAAAGGUCUUUUAUUAACAAAAGCAUGCAGUUCUCUGUGGACUGUCAAUAAUGUAGCAGUGUCUUUCAACCUUCAAUUAAAGUGAAAACAAAGAUAAAAA